CCUUGUUGCUGUGAUUCUCGGAGCGAUUGCACUUCGUUUCGGGAAAUAAUGUCACUGUGGCCAUAAAUCGGCGUUUUUGAAGUGGAAUAGUCGAUAAAGUUGUAGAGCAAUGGAGUCAUCAAUACCGCAACAUGGUCAAACUAUUCUCGGCGAUAACUUCAACGAAGAUGAAACAGAAUUACAAUUUCUAAAGUCAAAACCAACAUGCUUUAUUGUUCUUGGAAAACCUGGUUGUGGUAAAACUACUAUUUCUCAAAGACUAGCGCAGAUGUGGAGAUGUGAACUUGUGCAUGGCACAGAGAUGAUACAGAAUGAGAUGGAAAUGUCGACUGAAGUUGGAAAGAAAAUGCAUGAACUGUUGCUGAAGGGGGAAGCUCUGUCCAGUGAAUUUGUGAUGCAACUUAUAAGAGAGAAAAUUCUCUCACCAGAAGUCCAGCACCAUGGAUAUGUUCUCGAUGGGGUUCCGUGCCAAGAUGAAGACGUCAUGUCUGUCCAAGACCAAAUCAAAAUGGUCAAGGGAUGGAAACUUAAGCCGGAUUUUAUUAUCAAUAUAAAGAUUCCUGACAUGGAUCUAAAUGAGCGUCGUGUUGGCCUCCGAGUUGACCCUAUAACCGGUGAUUUAUAUUGUCGCGAACAAUGGGAUCCAGACCGUGCUCCGAAGCCCCCAAAAUCCCCCUCACUUGGGGAGGAAGAGGGGGAAAUAGAUGAAGAGGAAGAGGAAAUAACGGAUGAGACAGAAGAAGUGACAGUAACAGAAUUCUUCGAGGUUGACGUGGAAACGAAAGAACGACUCGUCAAAUUUCCUGAAAAUUUACCAGAAUAUGUGACUCAGCAUACUGAGAUGUUCAAGGAUUUAGCCUUGAAGCCGUUGGAGGAAUACAUGGCUGACCACGACCAGCAAUAUUUAAUAGAAUUAGACGGUAAUCUCACUCCUAAUAUGCUGUUUCAACAACUGGUUAACAAACUGGAUACCUACGUUCUGAGAAGAGCCGCAGUGCCUAUGAGGUUGCAGAAUCCAGAUGAGGAAGAGCUACCUGAUGAAAUUGAGACGGAAGAACUUCUACGCACUCUUGCUGCUUAUCAAAUGCCCGCACCAAGGUAUAGAUGGAGAAGAAGUAAAUGGGGGAGGAUAUGCCCCGUUGCACUCAAAGAAGGGAGUAUUUUACAGGGGAAGCCAGAUCUAGCCGUCAGUUUUCUAGACAAAAUGUACAUCAUGUCCUCUCCGGAAGCGAUGACAAAGUUUUUAAAGAAUCCGAGACCAUAUUUACUCCCUCCGUUACCGAAACCUCCUUGUAAGAUUUCCAUCCUAGGAUUCCCAGUGUCAGGGAAAACAUCUCUAUGCAAAGUACUGGCUGAUAGAUAUGAGGCUGUAGUUCUUGACGUGAAUGAACUGAUGAAAGAUAAAUUCGCUGAGGCACGAAAAGAAUUGGUUGACAAAGCAAGACAGGAUGCAUUGGAGUCUGCUAUCAACCUUGUGCAGAACAAGCUGGAACAAGAAGCCACUGAACGAGCUGAUGCCAGAAGGAAAGAAGAAAUGGAGAGGGAGGCUGCAGCUGUGGCCGAAAAGGAGGGAGAGGCAGAAGCAGAGGGGGAGAAAGAAGAAGGUGAGGAGCCACCUAGUGGUGGAGAAACGUCCACAACAGCAGUGGAAGAAAGCACAGAGGAAACUAUCACGUCUGAUGCAAGGGAAGCGAGUCCUGUGCCUACUGUGACAGAGGAACAUCCUGAGGUCUUGAAGAUUGUCUCAGAAGCAGUCAGUAAAGCAGAAGAAGAAGAAAUUAAACUCCCAGCUGAUAUUUUCGUUGCCGUCCUCAAAGAAACGAUUGAUCGAAUAAUCGCAGAAAGAUUGGAAGCCGACCCUGAUGCUGCAAGGGAUGGUGGUUGGAUAUUGGACAACUUCCCAACAUCUAAGGAACAGUGGGGAGCGAUGGCCGAGGCUUCAUUGCUGCCUGAUGAAGUUAUUUGUCUCACAGAUAAAAGCCCGAACAAUGAGCUGCUCCGCAAAAGAUAUUAUGAACAAAACAAAGAUGCCGUCACUGAGAAAUUCAGAGAUCGCUUGAUUAGAGAAAAAAAGAAACUGCUUGAGGAAGAAGAAGAGAUUCAUCAUCAGAGGGAAGCGCUUGAACAGGAGGAAGGCGCUGAAAAAAGUGGGGGAGAGACUGCGACGGAGGAAGGGGGGACAGUUGCGACUGAGGAGGAACCGGCUGAAGAGGGAGAUGAGCAUACCACGAUCACUUCUCAAGCUGAGACUGCUAAGACAGAAACUUCAAUCAGAGUGAAACUGCAACAAGAGAUUGAAGAGUUGAAAUCGACUUAUAUUGGAAUACCAUCAGGUGAUGCCCCAGAAUUCAAUGAAUUCAGAGAAAGCCUGCAGAAUUUUGAGAAAGAGUGGGCGUCUCUACAAAACUCGAUCGGUGGUGUGGCAUCAACACGACCUCUAGUGGUCAAUGUACAAGAUAAAGAGAUCGACAAUAUUGCAGCGGAAGCCAGAGAAAGAAUAGAAAGUCCAUUCGGCUACCAAGGAUGGGAUUUCUCUGGUAUGGAUGUCGAUGAAGAAGAGGAAGACAAUAAUGCUGAUGCCGAUGUUGGGGUCGAAGGUGAACAGGAAGAGGAAGAUGAGGAAGCAUUAAGACAUAAACGGAAACAUUUCGGUUUUGCUAAACAUUAUGAUCCCGUAGCUUUGAAGGAUGAUUUUGUCCUGUGGCCUGGAAACCCUGACAUUGCUGCGAAAUAUCGAGAGAAGAUUUAUUAUUUCAAGUCUCCUGAGAACAGAACCAGAUUCGUCAGCAAACCAAUGGAUUUCCUGCCAACUAAAGAACCACUUGGCCCCCCACCCCCCAGAGUUUUAAUGCUUGGGGCCCGGGGCGCUGGAAAAACAAUGCAUGGUCGAUGGCUCGCUGAGAAGUUGGGAAUUUUCCACAUCUCAUUCCGAGAACGGCUUCAGGAACUGAUUUUGCCUAAAACCGGCCGCAAGAUGGGGCCAGAGCAUGAAGAAGACCAUUUAUUAGCGAAAGAAUUCUUGGUCACUGUGGAAGAAGCCGUUAAGAAAGCUAUUGAGGAAGAUCCUAAUGCUGAGGCUCCCGCUGAAGAGGAAGAAAAAUUUGAUCUUGAUGAUGAACAGGAAGCGAUUCGAGCGAAUCUAGUGGAUGACGAACCGUUGCCCGUUGAAAUUUUAGAGAAAAUCGUGCCGCAGUGGUUCAGAGAGGAACCAUACAAAUCCACUGGCUUCAUUCUGGAAGGAUUCCCUCGAACACCAGAGGAAAGUCAGUUCCUGUCUCAGAGUGGAUUGUUUCCUGAUGCCGCUGUUUUACUCAUGGUUGAAGAUACAGAUGUUGUUGACAGACUUCUGCCUCCUAGAAUGGAAAAAUGGAUCAAACGUCGGGAUCAUAAGAAUGCCAAGAAAAAUAAAAUCAAGGAAACAAAGACAAAGAUUAGGAAUGACAAGAUUGAAGUACGCCGUCGAGAACUCAUGAACGAGCGUGAAGCGGCUCGAGCAGCGAAAAUCGCUGAGAAGUUAGAGAACGCUACGGAGGGGGGGGAAGAGGGAGAAGUUGAGGAGGAUGAAGAGGAAGAAGACAUUGAAGAGAUUCUCGCUCAAGAAUUUGAGGAGGAAGAAGAAGGAGAAGAAGAAGAGGAGGAACAAGAGGAAGAUGCGAGAGACAGGAUGAGAGGAGAGUUUGGGGAAAAGUUUGAUGAUGAUGUCACUAAAUUACAGACUGUCCAAGAACAGCUUGAAGAAAGCAUGAUUCCUCGUAUUGAAGUGCAAGCCAGUAAGAAGCCGAGGAUUGUUCGAUAUCUGCUCGAUCAGAAAAUGAAACCACUAGUGGAGAACAGGAGCAGUUUGUUUGAAAAAGUUUUCCCAGUAAGUUUCGAACUCGCUUCCAAGAUGUUACUGACGGGAUACAAGCACCCAAGUUCGUUUGGGAGAUGGGACCCAGUUAAGCUCAAAGAUGAUAACGAUGUUGUCCAGCCAAUCUCGACACCGAUAAGCCCGCUAUUCCCUGUAAUAUACCACCAUCACAUCUACUUUCUCUCCUCUCUUAACUCUCGGACAAAAUUUAUGGCGGACCCGCUUGCGUAUGUUCUCCACCAACCGCCAGCAAAACCUGUGGUACCGAUACGCCUAGCUGUGAUUGGGCCUCCCAAAUCAGGAAAAACCACGCUGGCAAAUAGAUUUGCAAGGGAGUGCGGAGCGAUGCGUAUUUCUGCAGGAGAGGCGAUCAGGCAUGUCCUCACAAAGCAACCCAAGUCUUCUCUUGCGAUUCAUAUCAACUCUCAUCUUUACCAAGGAGCUGUUGUUCCAGACGCUCUCACCGCGGAAGCCAUAGCUACUGUUAUGUUGGAUACCACUUGUACCACUAGAGGGUAUGUACUUGAUGGUUUUCCUUGCACCAAACAGCAAGUUGAGUUGUUGCACAAGAAAUGUAUCGUACCUGUUCGCAUCAUUGAGCUGAAGAUAGAAGGAUCAGAAGUCGUUAAACGAGCGGCGAGUGACAGGCUGUCUGCGGAUAGAAUCUUCCCACUUCAUGACAGCGAGGAGGCAUUUGUGAUCAAACUUGCUGCAUUUGAAGAGAACGUUGGGGGAGUUAGAGACUGGUACAAAACACAGCACCAGAAUUGGGUGGAGAUUGAUGGAAAAUUAUCGAAGUGGAGACUUUGGGAAGUUGCUCUCAAUGAUUCUAAAGAUUCUAUCAGAAAGAUACAAAAUUACUUGGACAGGAUUGCGAGAGGUGAAGCAGCCAGACUCAAUGAUCUAUGCAUCACACCACCUGAAUUCCAUGCCAGACUGAGCCAGUAUGGGGAGUACUGUCCUGUGGCCCUCAACAAACGUGGAGAGCUAGUCGAUUGCUCAGUGACUCCAUCUUUGGAACUGGCCGCAGAAUUUAGAUCAAGAUAUUACAAGAUUGGUUCGAAAAUGGAUUUAGAUGAGUUCUUGGCCAACCCUGAGCAGUAUGUUCCACCUCUUGCAACACGUGAAUUACCACCCCCAGAGCUCCUGCCACAUCGCAGAACUCGAGCCGAAGUCAAGUCUAUGUUCCCGAAACAAGUCGAACUUAAAGGUUAUUGCCCUGUGUCAUUCCUGGAUGGGAAGUUAAGAUAUGAAGCUCUCAUUGAAGGGAAUCCUGAGUUAGUGGUUGAAUACAGAGACAAACUCUUUGUUUUCGAAACUGAAGAAAAACUCCAGAAAUUUAUGAGAUUGCCUGAAAAAUAUUUUGAUCUGAAACUUCCUCACAAACUACCACCGAAAAAGCAACCGAUGGACAUCACUUCUCUUCCAAUGCUUGGUUAUCUUGAGCAAGGAGCGGCAACUUCGAUCAUAAAAGCUCUGACUUCAGUCGGUUGUUUCAAACCAAAGUUCCCGUUCAUUUCUGUUACAAGAAGUUGCCUCCUGUUUGUGGCUUAUCAUUUGAAAGCGUACAAUCCAAAAGCUUCACCCUACGUUCGCAAGAAGUACAAACAAAAACUGGAAAACUUUCAAAAAAAUUGCGAACUUAUCACCUAUCUUGGAUCGAACAUGACGAAGCGUUAUCGCGAUCCUGCAGAGCGUCCUAUUGACUUUGACCACAAGAUGGGGCAGUUUCUUAGUUUACAAAAUUCAGUCCCAAUUGAGGGGUGGGCCAAGUAGUUCUUUUCACUGUGUUAAUUCCUGAGAAAUUUUAAAGUUUUGUUCGUAAUAUUAAAAAAGUUAGGAAUCCCUUAAUCUGGGAACCAGCACAUUAAAAAGAACAAUAUGACUCAAUAGGGGUUAGUUGUACAUUUAUGAAUUACCACCGCACAAUUUUUUAAUGCUUCUGGUAUUCAAGAUUACUCACAGCCUUCUAUUUUUAAUGGAAAAGUAAAUAUACAUACUAAUAUAUAUACUUAAAGUGGAAUACGUUUAGCACUGUAUGUCUAUAUAAAUAAAUUUGGGCGCUCCAUAAGAGUGUGUACCAAUAUG